AUGCUUCUUCUUACAGUAACCUCAACAACAUCUCCAAACUACCCCGUCGCAAAGCCCGGCUGCCUCGACCGAUGUGGUGACGUCAGCAUCCCGUACCCAUUCGGCACGACACCCGGCUGCUACCAGAGCGACAGCUUCAACAUCACCUGCAACCACACCAUCCCGUACCCAUUCGGCACGACACCCGGCUGCUACCACAGCGACAGCUUCAACAUCACCUGCAACCACACGUUCGAUCCCCCGAGACUCGUCUUCAAGAACAUGCCGAGGAGCGACAUUACCGAAAUAUCCCUCACGGGACAGCUCGUUCUCCUCCGGCAUGUCGCGCACGACUGCCACGACCGCAACCAGACCCGAACCUCGUACGCUCGCCCGUGGAUCAGGCUCCCGAGUCAACUCACGGUCAACAACACUGCCAACCGGUUCACGAUCGUCGGCUGCAACGCGUACGGUUACGUCUCUGGCCGUCGGCGGGUCAACCAGAACUACACGACGGGUUGCACGGCGAGGUGCAACGCAGUGGAUGACCUGGAGAGGGGCUCGUGCAUGGGGAUCGGCUGCUGCCAGACCUCGAUCCCACGGGACAUGCGGAGUGUCGUGCUGGAGCUGAGAAGUUAUGCCAACUACAGCUACGUGUGGGGGUUCAACAACUGCAGCUACGCUUUCGUGGCGGACGAGAGGGCGUUUCCGUCUUUUUCGCCCGAGAAUCGGACGAGCUUGAGGGGCGUGAAGAAGAUGCCGAUGGUGGUCGACUGGGCCAUAGGGAACGAAACUUGUGACGAGGCUCGGAGGAAUAUCACACGAUAUGCUUGCAAGAGCCGGGACUCAGAGUGUUACGAGCCGAUUAACGGUUCUGGUUAUCGUUGUUCCUGCAGGGAGGGCUACGAAGGAAAUCCGUACCUCGUGCAUGGUUGUCGAGAUGUAAACGAGUGUCUGAAUCCAACGCUAAACGUCUGCGAAAAGAGAUGUAUCAACACGCUCGGUGGCUUUCAUUGUGUGUGUCCGAAAUGGUACUAUGGCGAUGGAAGACAAGGUGGGAAAGGUUGCAUACGUGAUGGAUCGCUCGUCUACAAACUUGCUGCAGGUAUUGCUAUAGGAGUCAUAGGACUUUUACUCGCUGGUUGCUGGCUGCACUGGGAGGUCAAAAGAAGGAGACUGAUCAAGACGAGACGAAAGUUUUUCAUGCAAAACGGCGGCAUGCUGUUGCAGGAGAAACUCGUAGCUAAAGAAAGAUCGGCAUCCUCUUGCACGUCCCGAAUCUUCAGUUCAUCCGAGCUGAAAAAGGCUACCAAAAACUUCAACAGCAACAUGAUCAUAGGCCAAGGAGGCUACGGAACCGUCUACAAAGGCUUACUUCCCGAUAACCAAACAGUCGCCAUAAAAAAAUCCAAAUUAGAAGUUGACCCGAACCAAAUCGAGCAGUUCAUCAAUGAAGUAAUCAUUCUCACCCAAAUAAACCACCGAAAUGUCGUCAAGCUCCUCGGCUGCUGUCUCGAGAUGCGAGUGCCUCUGCUCGUUUAUGAGUUCGUGAACAACGGCACACUUUACGAACACUUACACGGCGGCAAGGACAAGGCGCGGGCCCUCUCGUGGGACGUUCGUCUUAAUAUAGCGAGGGAGACAGCUGGCGUGCUUUCGUACCUACACUCUUCAGCCUCGAUUCCGAUCAUACACAGGGAUGUGAAGUCGGCGAAUAUUCUUUUGGACCACACGUUCACGGCAAAAGUGUCCGAUUUUGGGGCCUCAAAACUCGUCCCGUUGGACCAUACACAGCUGUCGACAGUUGUCCAAGGGACGCUUGGUUAUUUAGACCCGGAGUACAUGCAGACAAAUCAGCUGACCGAGAAAAGUGACGUGUACAGCUUCGGGGUAGUGUUUGUCGAGCUUCUGACGGGGAUGAAGGCUUUGAGCCACGAUAGGCCGGAAGAGGAGAUGAACCUGGCGAAUUAUUUCCUUUCGUCGAUGAGGGCAAAUCGAAAUCGGUUGUUUGAAAUUGUUGCGGAUGAUAUCGUGAGGGAGGGAGAUAACGAGGAGCAGGUGACGAGAGUGGCCGAGCUGGCAAUGAGCUGUCUGAACGUGAGAGGGGAAGAUCGGCCGAGUAUGAAGGUGGUGGCGAUGGAAUUGGAAGGGUUGGUUAGAGUCGGAGGAACGCAGCCGUGGGUCGAGCCUAAGGGAUAUGAUACCGAGUCUUUGGUUGGUGAUGGAUUUAAUAGCUUUGAGGAUUUCGAUGUUCUGGCGAUUCAGACAUUGUGA